CACACCGAGAGUAUUUGAGCAACCGGUGGAGAGAACAUGUGUCAGAGAGAAUAUUCGGGAGCAGGAGGCAGAAACACAGUCGAGAGGAGCAUUCAUUCAUUCAUUCAGAUUGUGUACUUUAUCUACCAUGUCUGUGUACAACUCGUUCUUUAAGGACUCUUCGUCACUGUGGACUUCUAUUCUGUGCUCGGCUUUCAGCGUGUGGACUCUGGUACAGGGUGAGGUUCUGGUGAUUGGUUCAAAUCUUCCGAUCAUUGCUGCUCCGGGUGGUGAUGUCAUCCUGCCGUGUCACCUGGAGCCCAGGUUCGAUGUCCAGGGUCUGACGGUGGAGUGGUCCAAACCCGACCUGAAGCCCGACCCGUCGGACCGGCUGAGCCGAGUGGAGUACGUUCACCUGUACAGGGACAGGCAGGAGGUCCCCGACAUGAAGAUGGCCUCGUACUUCAGGAGGACGGAGCUGUUCAUGGACGCCAUGAAACACGGGAACAUUUCACUGAAGAUCCUGAACGUGUCGGAGGAAGACAACGGCAGAUACAGAUGCUUCAUCCCCAAGCUGAGGAGCAGAGUGAAAGCUGCUGUUGUUGAACUUGUAGUCGAUCCAGAUUUUGCUAAAACCUCCACGACAGAGAUGCCGUUGCACUUCCAAACUCCAGAUCCUCAGGACACGACUCCAGCAAACGCAGGUCGAUCCAGAGUCUCUGUGGUUGCCGUUGUCAUCACCUUCAUGUCGGUUCUGGUUGUCGUCGCUUUUUCUGCAUGUUUCUCUCGCUGCCUUCAUCAGAAAUUAAAUAAGCUUUCAGAAGGCAAAACGACCCAAAGCCAAGUAUAACUAUUCCAGGUGCUUUGCGAACGUUGGUGUUCAUGGAGCUGAGACCAUUUGAGAUUUUCACAGUCAGGUUGGAAAUUUAAACCAGCAGCCACAGGGAGACACUCGGGCCCAGCAGCACUGAGGUCAUCAUAAAGGCAGUGGAUUCUAUUUUUUGUUUUUGUUUUUUUAAAGCUGAAGACUCAAGCAAUGUCGAGCUCAUUUUCAAAGAAAAAGAACAUUUAAGGACUUCCUAGUCCCGGAUGCCCUUUAACGCAAGACUGAAGAAAACCUCCUGUGUCAACAUGUUGAAAGAUGAAGAUCAUAUUUAUUUUUAUGGAUUUGUAUUAACUUGAAGCCUUAAAAUUCUAACUUACUGGUUAAGGACAAAGUAAUUCUUCCUAAAAGCUACUAGUGAUGGACAAAUUAAAAGAGGAAGUCCUCCCUGAAAUUGAUUUGCUGCUUUAUUUAGAAAGUUUUAUUGGACAUUUCCAGCUCAGUGUGUUGGAAAAAGAUUUUUCUAUCAGUGUGGAUCUCGGAGAUGCAGAAGAUUGUAAAAACAUCAACAGGAUUUGAUGUAACCAUAAAGUUUGGAAACCACAUUCAGGACUUUUUGUUUCUUCAGUGUGGGAAUGUUGAACAUUCAAAGAGCUCUGUUACCAUCUUUAAUGCCACAAACUGAGCUUUUAUCAGAUUAAAUUCUCACUGUCCUGUUGGAAGGAAAUGCUGCACUUUCAGUCAAAUCAGUUUAAUGCAAGUCUGAAUCAAAACAGGUCGGUUACCGUGACACUGAUGUAGAGAAAGUAUUUACUUACAAAGGCUGUCCUGGAUGACAGCACUGUGAACAUCAUGUAACUGAUUUUCACACGAGACUUUAUAUUUUUAAACUAAUUUAUCAAAUUUAGCUUGAAUUAGCUGGUGGGCAGAUCUCUACGACAGAGUGAAUGUAUUUAUUAAGCUGAUACAGAGCUCCAGUUUAUGUAAGAAAAACUAGAAGUGUCUAUAUUUUUUCAUUUUAAGUUACAAACUGAAGCUACAAACAGAUUCGGAUUUAAAUUUUUGUUGCAGUCAUCAGUGAUAAUUUCGUUAACCAAUAAUUUUCGUCAUGUACAUUUGAUCUACCUCUGGUAAAUGACACAGCUAGCUCCCAUCCUCCUUGUUUCUCAUGAAAAUGCAACAAAAUAUCAACGCUUGGAGAAGAGAAGAGCAGACAUGUGGACACGUUGAUGCCAAAGAAAAGCAGACGCUUUGUGAACCGUGUGGGGCAACUCUCACACAAGCAGCACUGUAUAUGUUAGACAGUCAACUUUAGACUCAAAGGUUUAGCUGCUCUAUUAACAAUGACUGAUAGAAAAGUGCCUAGUUGUUAUUUCAUUCCUCUUUAACUAUUGACCUCAGACAGAUCCUUCACUGACUAAUCUUAUAACCACUCCCUGAACACCAAACACCUGUAGGCAGGGCACCAAGAUGUUGUUUGUGCUGGUUGUUGUUUAUUGCUGCUUUUAUAGUUUAUAGCGGUUAUUUUGUAUUAAGAGUCAUAAUGUAGCUCCAUGUACCUGCUCUCUGCAUUAUAAGCUCAAACAUACCCAGCAAACAUCCUGAGAGUCUCUCUCAGGUCAAAACUGCUUGUAGUACGAUUGUUCCUGUCAACAAAUGAAAUACAUCUAUAUUUGUUUUGUUAUUUUAAACAUGUCAGCCUGUCACACGUAUUACCUCCUAGUGGUCGGCCGAUCAGUCAGUCAACCGAGUAGCAUCAGAAACAGGCUCAGAAGUUUGUGUGUUCAAUUCAUGGUUUAGGCUUCAUUGGACCAAUUCUUUUUUUUUUUUUUUUUUUUUUGUAUAUUUUGUUUUGUUAUAAUUGAUUAAGAAAGAGUGGAACACAAUUUUAGCACACAAAAUUUCUUAUCGUAGAAAGCAACAACAUCCAGGUCAUGGAUGUGAUUUUUAGAUCGAGGGCCACAUACAGCCAACUUUGAUCUUAAGGUACAGACUGGAACAGCUCAGAAUGGAGUCUUUGUUGGGCCGAUUCUGGACCCUGGGCCUUAUGUUUGACUCCCCUGAUCUAGGCGAUGUUAAAGAGUAGAUCAAAAUGUUUGUAAUGUCUAAAACUUAGUUCAAAUUUAAUUUUGGAACAUUUUUUUUUCUAACCAGGUCCAAAAAACAAACCAAAAAAUAAGUUAUUCAGCAUCAAAAUGUUUGCUGGGUAGGUGAAUAUUUACAAAAAAAGCCUUUAUCUGUCUUUUAUUAUUUUUGCUUAUUUUAAUUUGUGUUUUUCGUUUCCUGCUUUAGCACUUUAUUAACUGUACCUUACAUUUAUUUCAGCUCAUUUGUCGUUAAGGCUUGACAUCCAUUGUCUUUUGCUUUUGUGUAGAAACUUUGUACAAAUGUUCCAGUUCUAAUUAAAAGUGUUGCACGCCUCAUGAAACUGGUCAUAUUUCAUUGCCACUGUUGUUUUAUGUGUUUCACAGACUGAAAGAGCCUCUGCUGCUGCUGCACUGAAUUAAAGUUGUGUGUCUU